AAAAAAAAAAAAAAAAAAAAAAAAAAAACCCUUUUAAUAUAUAAACCAAAAGAACAGAGAGAAAAACACAGAACACAAAGCAGCAUAGCGGAAGAGUCAAGAGAUAGAAUGGCGAAGAUGAGUUUGACCGCUCCGAUGUUCCUCUUGUUGCUCCUCUCCACACUAGUUUCUGCGAAGAAAGGCGAUGUCACUGAAUUGCAAAUUGGGAUCAAGUAUAAGCCAGAUUCUUGCGAAUUUAAGUCUCACAAAGGCGAUAGACUUAAAGUACAUUAUCGAGGAACACUUACAGAUGGAACUGUUUUUGACUCUAGUUUUGAAAGGGACUCUCCAAUUGAGUUUGAGGUUGGGACUGGUCAAGUUAUAAAAGGGUGGGAUCAAGGGUUGUUGGGAAUGUGUGUGGGCGAAAAGAGGAAGUUGAAAAUACCUUCAAAACUUGGUUAUGGGGACCAGGGUUCUCCACCAACCAUCCCAGGUGGUGCAACACUGAUAUUUGAAACAGAGCUAGUUGCAGUGAAUGGAAAACCAUCAAGCGAUGAGAAAACAAAUGAUGAUGAGCUGUAAGCGGAAGAAUUGUUUAUUAGCAGUUUCGGUGUCCCUGAUACCUUAAUUUUGUGCCACCGGAUUGUCUUUUCCAUCAGACUAUGAUUUUGAAUGUUAAAUGACUAGAUGGUCUAUUUAUCUUGAAAUGGAAGAAUUUCUAUGCAAGCCAUUUUAUUUUUCUUA